UGCUAAAGCGGGCCUUCCUAAUUUGCAUUCCUCCUUGCUAUUGGUCGCACCGCUUUCUUACUCUUCCCAGAAAAGAGGCUGCGCCGGUUUGGGCGUAAGAGUCGCGUGGAGACGUGCAGCUCCGCAGGGCUUCGCUAACAUGUCUGAGCAGCCAGAACUCCGAGGCCUCACUGAUGAGGAAGCCCGCAGCGCCUGCUCCGAUCCAGAUGCCAGCACGAAGGAUUUUUUGAUGCAACAGACAAUGUUAAGAAUAAAAGAUCCUAAAAAGUCACUGGAUUUUUAUACUAGAGUUCUUGGAAUGACCCUACUGCAGAAGUUUGACUUCCCUUCUAUGAAAUUCUCCCUCUACUUCCUGGCUUAUGAAGAUAAAAAUGAUAUUCCAAAAGAUGCGAAAGAAAGGACAGCAUGGACUUUUUCGAGAAAGGCCACAGUCGAACUGACACACAACUGGGGCACUGAAAAUGAUGAGAAGCAAGCUUACCAUAAUGGCAAUUCAGACCCGCGAGGAUUUGGCCAUAUUGGAAUUGCUGUUCCUGAUGUAAAUGCAGCUUGUAAAAGAUUUGAAGAGCUAGGAGUGAAAUUUGUAAAAAAGCCAGAUGACGGCAAAAUGAAAGGAUUGGCAUUUGUCCAAGAUCCUGAUGGCUACUGGAUUGAAAUCCUGAAUCCUAAUCACAUGGUGACCCUAGUCUGAAUCCUGAUCACAUGGUGACCCUAGUCAAGGCCUGAAAUCCUGCACCUGUUCUCACGAGGCUGAAAAUGCUUACUCACAUUCUCCCAUCUGUGAGAUUAAGAAUAGUUUAUUUAAGGAAAUAAAGUUCUACUGUCAUAAAAGCCCAGAGCAAAAGCCUUUAAUCAUCCUAUUUUCUUCUUUGACCCUUCAGACAGCAAAUUGUCUUCUGCCAGUGCUGUUGAAUGAGCAGCUGUGCACCUCAGGUUUACAGAAACUCUCCCUCCUUUUUUCCAUUGCUCUUUGUGCACAGAAUAAACAUGAGAACCAUUUACUGCCAGUUGGGAUGAGCCAUAGUUUGCCACUUUUCCCAAAUAUAGCAAACUGGCUUGUCACAAGCUAGAAAUGAGGACUACGAGGGAAUGUUCUCUUCCCUUCAUGCUUGAAGGAAGAAGGAAAAGAAGUGCAUAAACCUGAGGCUAAUUGUUUCUCAUUCUCUUUGUUACGGCCUUAGUUAAGAACUCUUACUGCGAUUUGAGCUUCCAAAAUGUACAGCAACAAAGUAUGGUAUAGAGCCAACUGUCUGUGUUUUGUCUUUGCUCUGCAAAGCACUUCCUAAGUGCUUUCUUGUCUCUGGGUGCAGCAGACUCUUGAAGUGGGAAAAUAGCUAUCACUGUGAAUUCAGAAGUAAUGGCACAUCACAGUUAGUGAAAAUCAUGAUUGAGCUGACAUUGAUGCAGACUUAAAAAUAAGCCACAGGUUGGUGUGGUGUCUAAAACUAAUAAUGCUCUAGAAUUUCAGUUCUGUAGUUUAUGUCGGCAUCUUCAUGAUAAUGUAUUUUCCAUGUCUAGUCAAACUUUGUGCUCUAGUACAGCUAUAUUUUCUUUCCCAUUCUAAAUAAAAACUUGAUUUUGAA